AUGAAGUUCCUCCUCGCGUCCGCUUCUGCUUCUCUCCUUCUUACCUCUGCCUUCGCCUCCCCUCGACCCCAAGACCUCGGAGACAUCGGAAACAUCGUCAACAGCGUACUCAGUGAUGUGGGAGACGUUGCCACCAACGUCGGAGAUGUUCUUUCCACUGUCUUCGCAACCUUGACUUCCGAGGGCGCCGCCCUGCCGACAAACAUCGAGUCCUGGGCCGAGAGCGUCGCCUCCGACGCCGAAACCUUGGGCUCUACCGCCCACUCGGACAUUGAAAGCCUUGCUUCGAGUAUCGCGUCGGCCGCUGAAUCGUGGUACUCCAGUAUAAGCGGCGACGUGCACUCGACGACCUCGACGGCGUCCAACCAGCCCACGACAGCCUCGGCCACGACUACUCCUGCGACCUCGGCGACGGUGCUUACCACCACUGGCUCGGAUGGCUCGGCUACCACCACCACUGCUGCUGCUGCUGCUGCUGCUACUUCUUCUUCUUCUUCUUCUUCUACAUCGACGGCCGCUGAUGCAACUACCACCUCAUCACACACUGAUAAUGCGGCUCCCAAUGUGACUCCGUACAUGGGCAUGGCGGGAGUCGUCGGUCUCUUGGGUGUGGUGGCAGCUCUGUGA